GACGUAAAGCACAUUUGUUUAUACUCGCAACAAGUAACAGCCGGCUAACGGCAUAGCUUCUACUGAUUACAUACUUUGAGUCAAACACAUUUUAUUUAUUGACUUGAUUUUAGCUCUAUCAAUCAUGAGCAAGCAAAUCAGCCAAAAGACAUUUGAUGAUGUCGUUUUAGAAAAUAUAUCAGAAUUUGAUAUGGAGGCUGAAGAGGCAGUCAAAGAUGCUAUACAACAGUUUGAAUCUCAGGGUGUAAACUUGAACAUCAUUGUCAAGGACCCAGCACUUUAUGCAGCAGGUGAAAUCAAAGACCAUCCAGUUGUUACUGCAAUAAAAGAACUCACAGCUAGCCUGGAGAAUGGAUCUUGCUUUGACACUAAAAUGGCCGAUACUCUGAAUACUAUACAGAAAGAGUGUGAUUCUGAUCUCGCCCGAAGAUGUCUUGCUGGCUCCAGUGGAGGCUAUACUGCUUUAUUUAAAGCACUUUCUGUUUGUGCAAAUGACUCAAAAAACCUCAGUACAGUUUUAAUAACAUUUUGCUCUCUAGUAAAUGGGCAGCCUGAUUUAAUUGACCAGGAUGGCAUAGUGCUUCUUAUAUCACUUCUAAAAUUAUAUAAAAAUGACACAGAAAUCUUACAACAUGUGAUACGGGCAAUCAGGUUGAACUGUGUAAAGCAUGAAGGAAACAGACAAGCAUUUGUUGAGCAAGAGUUGAUCCUCUUGCUGACUGAGCUGCUGACAGUACACAAGUCAGAUGCAACUAUUAUUAAAGAAACUGCCAUUUGUCUGAGAUCCCUGACCAUGGACGAUGAUGUCCGAGUCCCUUUUGGCAAAGGUCCUGAGCAUGCCAAGAUGAUUGUAACCGAGGGUGAUGCUUUCAAGUCAAUUUUACAGUUAUGUGAGGAACACAUAAAGAGCAACCCAGUACUGGCAGAGCUAUUCCUCACCCUCAGUUGUCUGGCUGUGAGAGAUGAGUUUUGUCAGGAGGUCAUGGACAGGGGUGGGGUCAAGUUUAUUAUUAAUGCAUUCCGGAGUGCUUUAAAUGAUAGGUCCAUUGUACGCCAGGCCCUAAUUGUUUUGAAGGCUCUUGCUGGCAAUGACGAAGUCAAACAUGAAAUAGCCAAGCUGGGUGGGGUUGAGAUUACUGUAGCAGCUAUGAAUGAACACCAGUCAAACUCUUCCAUUGCUGAGGCAGCCUGCAAAGUGUUAACUGCCAUCACACUUCGCAACACAGAGAACUGUUAUAAAGUUGUCGAGUGCCAGGGCCAUCAACACAUUGUACAAGCUAUGAAAAUUCACCCAAAGGAUGUUGGAGUGCAGAAAAACGCCUGCAUGGCACUAAGGAACUUAGUCUCAAGAGCAAGAGAUUUAAAUGAUGUGAUUUUGGCCCUUGGCGUGGAACAGCUGCUAAAUGCAGCUAUGAACCAUCACGAGGAGGCUCAUGAUGAAGCCAAAGCUGCACUUCGAGAUCUUGGAUGUAAAGUUGAGCUGAAGGAGCUGUGGAAAGGGGAAAGAGGAACAUUGCAAUAACCUAUUAUAUUUCACAUCAUAUGUGUUUUUUAGGCCAUCUUAAAACAUUUCUUAUUAAAAAUAAAUGUGUCAGUAUCAA